AUGACCGCUCUAUCAUCGGCGCUGGCCGGGCUCUACCUCGCCGGAGUUCUCAUCUCACCGGCUGUUGCUGCACCGCCUGGAUGCUCUCCAAAUAACUGCAUCCGCGCGGUCCUGGGAAAUAGACUCGGAGACUGGCACAUUACCACUGCCAGGGCAGACUGUUCAAGUCUCCUGGCGGGGAAGGUCUAUGUAUCUGCCGUCACUGUGACCGUGUCGAAUGCUUCAGCUAUCGCGACAACAAGCGUGGUUCCGGUCCUUCCAACGUAUGCCCUGAACUGCCGUAAUUUCGCCGAGUACCAGCGGGCAUGCUCAUGCGGCGGCGUCACUGGUGGCGGGGCUGUCACUGUUACCCCUGUGAGCUCCCUCCCAAGAGUAUGUGGUGGAAGGAACUGCAUCGCCGACCAGGUCUCCAAGCUCACGGACGUCAUCGACGCGAUCAUCCACGUCCUCGAGUACCUCUAUUCCCACUUCGUCCCCCUUGCCCGUGACAACCUCACCAACCAGUCUUAUCACGUCAAUCGAUAUCCCAUCUUCGAGCUCGGAGGAACCAACGACCGAAGAAUCGACCACAGAGUCCUCUACGCAAUCCUCUACAUCUACAGAGGCCCUGUCAUCACAGACACGACAACCUCAACGACGGAAUCAACGACUAGCGAGCCUAACUCUUCAUCCAUCGAAUCGUCAACCGUCGAGACUUCUUCCUCCACUACGGAAGAGUCAACUACUGAGACUCCAGUCCCGACAACUACGAUUGAAACCGAGAGUCCAACGGUGGCAUCAUCAACCGGAGACCUCAAUGGCCCGGUCUCGACCGAGCCGGUCGAAACCACCUCGGCGCCAAUAACCAGUGGAGAAACGUCUGUCCUCCCAGUCAUUGUCACCAACUCUUCCGGCAGCCUCAUCCCCAUCACGAUCUCGAGCAUCCCAUCGCUGGCCAACAUCUCCUUCGACCGGCCCACAGACACUGCAAAUCAAACAGCCACUUCAACAGCCUCGUUCUCCAGGCUACCAGACUUUCCCACUGGGACUGUAGUGGAGUCCACCAUCUACCUGCCAUCGACAGGAGCGUCUAAAACGACAACCUCGAAGACCUCCUUGACACGGUUCCCGGAACCUACGGGUCCCACUUUUACUCCGGACAUCCCAGACUCGUACAAUGGAUGCGCGUUCAAUCCUUACCGCGGAGCAUUGUUUCAACUUGUCGACCCUGAUACCCGUCUGCCCAUUAUCAAGAAUGAUACUACCGCCAUGGUCAUACAGCAGAUCACGCCCGACUACGUCCCUACAAUGUUUACACCUGUACAUCCCGACUCGGCUCCUUAUGGCGCCUUUGAUCUUACUGUCGGCGACGGCGGCAAGGUCUACUAUCUCACUCUGUACAGAUCUGGAAGGGUUGGCUUUGGUCUAGAAAGCUCCAAUGGCCAGAAAUGGGUCAGCGACGGCGACGACGAGUACGUCACGACCAUCUUCGCCUUCACCUGCAGCGGCCAGAUGCAGACGGGCUUCUUUGGCGGCUACAGGUUCUACUUCAGCAUCACGCCCGACAGGCGGGUCAUUGUGUCCCAGACCGAGCCUCCGGCCCGGCUCGGAAGCCGCAGACUUCGCGCCCGCGGCACGGGCGAUCUCAUCGUCGUGCCUAUCGCUCCGGGCUUUGGAGGGAAGAGAGAUUCGUCUCUUGAUCUUGAUUAA